UGUUUUUGUAUUAAACCCGGAUUGUAAACUUCCGGACGAGAAGUGUUCACAUGUGAGAGGCAUGAGAGGUGAAGACUCACUGGUUACUUGUAAAUCAGUGGGACCUUCAGUUUAAUCAGCACAUAUUUAUCAUCGGAGAUCUGUAAUGUUUUACCCAAGUUGAUUGUGAUGACCACCAGAGGGCAUGUGUUGGCGCUGUAUCGACAGAUCCUGCGACUGUCUAGAACCUGGGAGUCACAGUCAGGAGUUGCUGCGGAAACCCAAACAGAGAGAGACUACAUCAGGACUGAAGCAAGGCUGCUGUUUAGGAAGAACAAGACUGUGACAGAUGAAAAAGAAAUAAACGAAUUUGUGCGAGAAGCGGAGACAAGGAUAGAACUAGCUCUUCACUACAGGGUUCCCUAUCCACGUCCAGUGAACAUUCCCCAACAGACAUUACCGCCACGUGGGGCAAGGAUGAGGGCACAGAAACGGCAGAUAGAGCAGUCCAAACCCAUCUACCUUAAGUCAUACAAGGACACCAAGGACUAGGUGUCUGAUGGCCUGGAAUGGUAGCAGUGUUACUUAGUCAAGAUACCAAGAUCUGUGUGUUGAAAUUCUUCUUCUCACAAUCAGGAUGUAGUGUUCCCAUCUUUGGAUUUUUCAGCUCCAGCAUGUCACUUGGCUUUGUUUGUUGUGAAAGGAAUAUAUGGCCCUUUUAGGUUAGCGUUAUUGUCUCUGACAAGUGUAUUAGUUGCUGUCUGAUGCUGGUAUCUAAUCCCACAAGAACGUGUGAGUUAUGUGAAGUCCAGAUGGUGGGAGGCCACAUUAUCUUGUGUGUGAGCCUCUCUACUCCAUCCUCCCAAGUGUUCAGGACAUCAAGGAAGAUACAGUUUUGUAUUGUAAUACCUUACUAGAUGUUACUAGAUGGUCAGCAGACACACACAGGGUUCUCUUUCGAGACAACUGCCAUGUGGACACAUCACAUACCUAGAAUUCAUGUGUGAAAUAAACAGGAUAAACCUG